ACCCUGCUUGACAACCAGCCUACCCCAACCUCUUGCACGCCCGAGGCUGGUUGCUCAUGUUCUCUCAUAUGAUUCCAUCUCAGUCUUACCUUGUCGAGCGUUGCUCGGAGCUGUCGUCCAUAGUCUGAGUCAACUCUUCGCAACCACAGGACAAACGCUUUGCGAUCAUCUCAGUCAUUACACCCGCGCGAUAGCCCGCGUCAGACUUACCAUGACUGUAUCCCAGGAACCGCGAGCGGAAGCGUCUCGACCAACGAAACUUACCUCUGGAGCAACAAUAAAGCGGCUGCCCUGGCUUGAUGGCAGGAAUUCGCGAGCGCUCAACCAUCCUUCGGGCAACCAUUCAAGCAGUAACUCCUCGGCCCUGGCAAUUCCUAAACGUACUGCAACAGCACAUGCGACAGCCACUUCAUCCGCACCCGUCGCCCAGAAGAAGCUCGUGUCAUCCAAGAACGAGCAACGAAUACUUGAGAUGGAUUCGCCACUCGAGAGUAGCCUCUCACCAGUCUCAAGGCACCAAAUGGCCCAUGAUCGACGAGUGUCUAGGGACGCGGCCCAAUGUGCAGCGUCAACGCCCGUAGUAGUCUCCCGAGUCCAAACGUCCCCUUCUCGUCCCCGGCCUCUACAAGUGGGAGAAAGGAGGAUUGGCAAAGCAGUUGAGGACCUCGAAGACAUGGUACAAGAAGCUGUGGAGAUUGCAGACGAUGCAGCAGAUUAUGGUCUGGUUGAGGAGAUAUACGAUAUUAUCAAAGACGCACGGCAAGCAACACAAGAGGCUUCGGGGCACCCUGCCAGGCACCUGAUGAUAACAAGCUCCCCGCUUCCGGCAUCGGACUCCUCUCUUCAAGGGCAAGAGAAUCGUGGUAAUUGGACAGAACUAUCGCCUCCUCCACCCCUUAUCGUCCAGAGGAACAUUUUUCCGGAUUCGGUGGACAUUCUGCCUCCGCAAGUGCAGGUGAACCUGCAGCGAGGGCCAUUGUCCGUAGACUGGGCUUACCAACCUCACAGAGGUCCUACCAGUAUCACUUCGUCCUCUUCUCGCUCGAGUAGUGAUGGCAGGGGUCGCUCUCGGCUCGGCACCCUUAGCGACCUACUGCUUCCACCAGAUCCUUCCCAACCUGCACCAAGAGAACAUGUGGACCAUGUGCUCCGUCAUCUGCGGGACCAUUCUCGCGGUCGAUCACAUCACCGUAUCGUCCGAGACAGAGCAGUGCGAAGUCGUAAACCCCACCGACAUCGCCGUCUUCGAAGUGUGAGCAGUCCCGAUCGAGGAGCCAGGACAACUUCUCGGCCGCACUGCACAGGACAAAGCUGCUCAGAGUCGAGUUUUUCCGGACAGUCCUGCGACGAGGAGCACCUUCCAUCUCGACCAUAUGGCGGUACGCUCCACCUUUGGGACCAGGCGCAGCGACAUACAGUCAACCGCCGGCAACAACAUCGCAGGCAGCCCAUUGCAAGGAAUUGGGGCACUGGCAAGAAACGCUUGGCUGCGGUCAUUGCCUGCAUUAACACCGCUCUUCUCGGCAUCGUCAUUGGAGUUUACGCAGGUGAGGUACCACGCAUUCAGUACUAUCUCGCAGACGAAGGCCACAUUGCCAUCCUCGGUAAUGUUCUAUUGUACAUUGGUCUUGCCGUCUCCACCUGUGUAGUCUGGCCACUACCGCUGCUCCACGGGCGAAAGCCAUACAUAUUAGCCGCGUUGACCCUUGCAAUGCCGCUGCAAUUUCCACAGGCGAUGAUCCUCAGCGCCAAGCGGUCUCCGACCAAUGAAAAAUUUCGAGCAGGUCUGCUUAUUGCUCGUGUAGCAACUGGACUCGUCCUUGGGUUCGCCAACGUAAACUACAUCACCGUUCUGCUUGAUCUAUUCGGCGCAUCAUUGCAAAGCAAGAACCCACACCAAGAGUAUGUUGUCCCGAAUGACGUGAGACGACAUGGGGGAGGCAUGGGCUUGUGGCUCGGCAUAUGGUCAUGGUGCUGGAUCGCAUCGCUCGCUGUCGGCUUCAUGGUUGGUGCGGUGAUCAUUGAGCAUCUGAGUCCAGACUGGGGCUUCUACGUUGUGAUCAUCAUCUUGUCUGCUGCACUGGUACUGAACAUCAUUGCGCCCGAAACCCGGCGCGCAGCUUGCCGCAAAUCGGUGAUGGAGGUGUACGACCGCGAUGAGAAUUACCUUAUGCGCCGAGUGUCCCGUGGCGAGUGCAAGCUUCACAUCUCAGCCGAGGGCCCGAAGUACUGGUUCGAAGAGGUUUGGGCUGGUCUGAAACUGAUGGUCAUGAUGAUGUGCCAGCCAGGCUUCUUUGUGCUGGCCCUGUAUCUGGCCUGGAUCUAUACACAGGUGGUGCUUGUCAUUGUGCUUCUUACUUCGUUGUUAUCGAGGAAUUACAAGUGGCAGCCGCGGUUCGUGGGAGCUGGCGUCACGUCGAUUGCCAUUGGAGCCUUCCUGGCGCUUCCUUUAACCAAGGCUAGGAUCUUCUCUCGCGAACGGAAGAACUCCUUUCGAACGGACAGCAUGACGUUUCAGAAGCAGGUAACGUGGUCAUCGCAUCUAGUUCGACGUACGCUCUUCACUGUCGUACUUCCCCUGAUGGGCCUGGCCUACACAAUCUCCUCAGCAGGACGUCCGCGGCCGUAUAUGGUACCAAUCGUGUUCGCAGGGGCCCUGGGGUUCUUCAGCAUCCUUGCCAUUGCGGAAUGUCACGGGCUCAUGAUGGAGACAUUUGACACGUGCGAUCUGCAGCCUGGUGUCAACACAAAACAUCGGCUGCAGUCGAUGGCUGUGCAGGAUCGGCGGCGUCGAACAAACUUCUCGUCCUUUCCUCGCGUAACAGCUGGCAUCUUUGCAUCUCAGACACUGGCGUUCAUCGGCGGCGCAGUGGCGACAGAAGUAGGUGGUAUUAUGACGCGGCGUCUUGGUGCUCAGCUGUCAACUGGCGUGACGGCUGCCAUUCUGAUGUUCUUAACGGUCGCGCUUACACUCGUUCUUGCGCGCUUCAAGUCAGUCCAAGUGAUUCCCAACCACACGUUCGGCACUCGGCGAGACACAGCAGCAUGGGAAGAGUUUGGACAGCUCGAGAAGAUGGGCCGGGGCAGUGACUGGAAAGCUGUGGUGAUUGGGAAUCCGAGUGGGAAAAUGCGCAGGAUGAGCGUGUUGGAGCUGGGCGCCUUGAGUCGCUGGACAGAGAUCCGAAAGCUUAACUUCCUACUGAAAGGGCCUCGAUUAGGCGAGGCGAAGUCUGGGAGGAGACCUAGGACUUGGAGAGACGGCUGACGGUUUGCUAUGAGGAGACGUGUGGAAGCUCAGACUGCUAGGAGGAGAAGUGCGAAAGUUCAGACUGCUGGUCGGAGCUGGGCAGAAGAGUAUUGCAAUUCAAGACCUGCCGCGUUCUCACAUUACUCUCGCGUGGGUGAUCUACAGGGCUGGUGUUGGUGUUGAGACAUGGUGUGCUCCUAAUACAUCCGCGUGCCAAGUCUCGAAAAAA